AUGAGGGAAUUACGGAACAUUCUUGCAGAACAGUGUGUAGCUCAUAGUCCUACACCUUAUUCAGCUAAAGCAUUAUACAUGCAAGCAAUUAAAAUUUGUCCAGAAGGAGCAUACAAUUAUACAUACCUCCAAGCCACAGAGAGAAUGCGCCAAAUUAGAAAAUCCAUAUUCCCCCCAACUCCAAUGAAUCUUUUACACCUCCAUCAACUUUUACAAAUUAAUGAAAACCGACACUUUACCCUCACAUUCCAGGCACAACCAAAUCUAUUCUAUCAGGGGCCAUUGAUGGUAAAUGGAAUGUUAGUUGGAUUAGUCUUUUGUAACACAAGUUUUAUUCAGGACAUAGCUGUUGAGUUACAAAACAUCACAGUAGCCGGAUGUGAUGGUACAUUCAAGACUGUCCCAAAGACCAUAGAUAAUGAUUGCUACCAACUAUUUACGUUUCAAAUAGUGUACAAAAAUGUUAGCUAUCCUCUGGUAUAUGCGCUUCUAAAUGGAAAGUCUGAAGCAAUAUAUACUGCAUUAUUUGCACGUAUCAAAGAUAUGAUACCCCUGCAAUACCAAAAUCUAAUGAUUAUAACAGAUUAUGAAAUUGGGCAGAUCAAGGCAAUACAGUAUGUAUUUAGAGAAAUAACUCACCAGGGCUGCUAUUUCCAUUAUUGUCAGGCGAUUCUACGGUAUGCCAGAAACAAGUCGAUCGGUGUUUACAAUUUAGUAAAAAUAAACCCUGUUGCUGCUCGUGUUUUCCGGAUGAUACUUGCACUACCAUACCUUCCGUCUGAAAGAAUUGGCAGAGUUCCUUCGGUGGUUGAUGGUGUUAAUGCCAUAAUUGUAUUCAUAGUGCAGUAUGAAGAUGUUGCUUUGGCGUACCACCGAUUUAUUUAUGAAUACAUUAUUCCUUUUUGGAUUCAUUCCAUAAGGGGCCUGCACGCGACCUGUUUUUUUGCUCAAAAACAUGCCUUACAGGAAAAACUCUCACGCCUCAAUUGCGGAAAAUUUGAAAAAUCGCGAGCAGGCCCCAUAACUCCUAAAAGAUUUACGGUAUAUAAUCGCGAUAUUAGGACAAAUAAUUAUUUAGAAAGUUACCAUGCCGUACUCUUAAAAAUCAUAAGGCCUCAUCCAAAAAUAUGGGAAUUUAUUGACCAGUUGAGGUAUUUAGAAAAUACUUGCGAAGUGGAAUUUAAACAAGCCUCAAAUAAUCUGAAGGCAAGUUUCAUAGUUGAUAUCUAUUAUAAGAAAAUAAAAUAUUCUUUAGUCUCAUUUGAAUAUUUAUAUUUCAUGUACUUUAGGAGAGCCAGACCUUCUUCUGCAAAAUAUAUAAUUAUUUAA